AACACCGACGAUAACAGCAAGGCCUCUGUACAUUACCAACGUUAAAAUAUUUUAAUUACUUGAGUAACACUUAACCAAAUGUAAAGCAGUCGCAAACUAAAAAAUUAUAUUAAAAGUGAGUCACUGCGAAGCACGAACCACGAAAAUACGCACCAUGUUACCAAAAACAAUAUACUUCUUCCUGCUUUUGGGUCUAUCCCAGUACUGUACUUGUGACGAGCUGGAAGGCUACGAGUCGUACGAAAUCUGCGACGACUCUUCAGAUGGUUCCGACGAAAACGGUACUUUUACGUCCCAAUCUAGAGUCGCUACUUCCGUGAAAUUCUACCUUCUCACCCCCUCGAAUGACACCAUUGAGCUAAACUCAACCAACCUGGGUCUUGUCAACACGUCACAGCCCACGAAGUUCAUAAUCCAUGGUCUUGGUAGCUACCGCGACCAUGUAUGGAUCGACAAAAUGGCCUAUGUAUACCAUACCAAUGGCAACUACAACGUAAUCGCGACCGACUGGUCUGUGGUGUCCACCCAUGACGAAGACUACGUGGUUUCUGCUGUGGAUUCUGUAGGAAACGAAAUCGGUACUUUCAUCGUACAGUUCUCACAAACGAAUGUCGAGUUCUUGUCGGACGUGCAUCUGAUUGGGUCGUCCGUGGGGGCCCAAGUUGCGGGCGCCGCUGGUAAAGCUGUAAUCAAUAAAGGGGAGAAAGUUGGGCGAAUUACGGGUUUAGAUCCCACGGAACCUAAAGAUUUGGAGAUUCUAAACGAAGACGAUGCGGAGUUUGUUGAUGUUAUACAUACGACGGUGGAUGUGGGGGCUGUGAAGAUUGGUACUGCGGAUUUUUAUAUUGUGGAUGGGAAUGGUCGACCGAUUUGUUAUAAAAAGGGAAACGAGAGCGACAAUAGUACUUUACAAGAUUCCUGUGGAGAACUGCUGGCAGACGACUUGUACAUUAAUACUAUUGAGGAUAAGGAGAGGUACCAGGGAGUUUCUUGCUAUUUUGAUAUGUCGGACGCUGUUCAAAGAAUGUGCGAUAAGGCUCAUUCUGAGUUUAUGGGCGAGCACGUUUCCAGAAAUGCUUCAGGGAGUUAUUUGGUGGCCAAGGAUUCAGCUCCGGGUUUACAUUCACAAGGAAAUUUCUUCAUAGCUUGUGCAUCUGCUUUGGUCUUGUGGUACUUGUGCCAUUAAUUUAAAUAAGUACCUGAAAUAUAUAAGUUAUUAUUAUUGUGUUAUCUAUGUAGUUAAUGUUAUCACUGUCCAUGAGCGUGGCAUUAUAACGAAAUUUUUUGGAC